GAAUCCCUUUUCCGCAUCGCUUCUCUCUCCUUCCCAAAUCUCCCCCAAUUCCCACCACCAUCUCGUCUAACACUCGAUCGAACGCCCUCGCGCUCUCCCUCUCCCGCCCAAUUCAGUAUUUAAACUCGACUCGAUCACCUCGUCCCUCCCUCCCUUUUGUUCUCCCCAUCGCGCUCUCUCCCCCUCCUCUCCCCUCCCGUUAGGGUUUCUUCGCUCUCCCUUCUCUCAUGGCUCCUGAUCUCUUUCCCCCUUGCAGAUGGGAGACGAGGGCCACGCGAAGGCCUCCGCCGCAGAGCCUCCGGCGAUCAAGAAGAGGGCGAGGGACGGCGGGGAUCUGAAGCGGGUGGCGGAGAUCGUGAUGGUCCUUUCGGCGAUGGGCCAGAUGCGGGGCGGCAGGCAGCCCACGGCGGCGGAGAAGGCCCUGGUCGCGGAGGCGAGGGAGCGGCUCGUGGCGAUGUGUGAGGGUGUCAAGCCCAAGGAGCUCUUCUCCGGGGAGGCGGUCAGGGUCGUGGUGGAGGAUCUCGGACUGAAUAGGUCCAAGGAUCCCGUCAUGGGGUUCCGGCCGCCCAAGAUGUCGAUUGCCGACAAGUUGCUGCUCACCAAGAAAAAGAUUGAAGAGUCCAAGGCUCACAUGCAGUCAUCAGUUUGUUCACCUCAACAUCUUCCUGUAAGCUUUGGUGCAAAAUCUGAUAUCCAUAGAGCCUUGGCUCAAGAUGCUUCUAGGUUUAUGCAUGACAGAAGUCCAAUGGGAACCUCUGCUGGAGGUUCACAAAGUGCUUCACUGAUAACGCGUGCUCCGUUGCUAACUUCUGCUGCCCCUUCUUUGAAGCAGCCACAUUUAAAUGAUGUUCAGGCUGGUGUGAGUUCUGUAAACAAAUUAUCCGGCUCACUUGAGAGGGGUACGCCUUCAGCACAUAUUGGAUUAAAUGCAAGAAUGAAUGGUUCAUCUUAUCUGACACAAGAUCAAGCUGAAAAUGUGUCUCAGAAAAUCCCAACAAUCUCCUCUGUGCAAUCAACGUCUGCUGCUGUGGCAAAGUUUGGCCAAGCAAACAAAUUGUCAGAUCAUAUUUCUGUUAAGACUGAGGGUGCUCUUGGUGUGAAUACUGUCAAAACUUCCCAUCAGACGAUGAUAAAUCAUGAAACAAAACCUUCUAUGAUGCAAGCUGGACAAGGAACCCUACAAAUAGUACAUCAACCUUCUCAAGGCUUGACAGUUGUUCAUACACCCGGUCUUUUUACCAAUCAUAACGACAUUGCUAAAAACAUUCAGAGGAUACUACAAGCAAAUAUUUCUGAUCAUCCAAGUUGGACUCCCCCAUCAACUGAGUACAUGAAUUCUACUCUCAAUUGCCAAGUAUGCAAGAAUGCUAUCACCGAUAUUGAAAGUUUGCUUGUCUGUGAUGCUUGUGAGAAAGGAAACCACUUGAAAUGUCUUCAAUCUUAUGGUAAUAAAGGCAUUCCUAAAGCAGAAUGGCAUUGCCCCAGAUGCUUAGCAUCAAGUAAUGGAAAGCCCUUGCCACCUAAAUAUGGUCGGGUUACGAGAGCUCCUAUUGGUGCACCAAAGGCUACUUCAAAUGCAAGCAUUCAUGCUUCUUCUAAGAAAACAGAAAAUUUGGACAAGGUUAAUCAACAAAAAGCAAUUCCCAGUGGCAUUUCUGGUGUCUCUCAACAUGCCUAUUCUUUGAAUGAGGAGGGAAAACAUCAUGAUCCAGUUCCAGAUUCAAGGACAACCAGUCCAGAAGUACAAGUUACUUUGACCACUGUUGGUGAUAAAAGAGCAAAUGAAACAUGCAAUCUGAUUGGAUGUAAUAAUUUAAAGGAAAUAAGUGGGCCCAUAUGUACUCCUGGUACUCACUGUGAGGAUACUAACAACAUAGGGAAUAAUAGAUUAUCCUUGGCUGGCACUAAACCAACUGCUGAGUCUGUUUUGCAGCCUAGGACAGCAUCAGAAAAUUUCUGUGAGCAUUCACAUGAUAUGGAUGUUGAAAAUAAUCAUUUGUCUAAAGUGCCAUUUGCACAUAAUUUUGACCAAAUGAAAUUGCCAAGUGAUGGCAAGUCUCCUGCAAAUGAACUGGACAAAGAUGCCAAACUUGCCAUGACCAAGCCUGAAGAAGCCCUUGGUGAAAAGAAUCUACCUGAGAACAUAGAUGGUUGUAAUGCUAGAUUAGCCAAUGAAGGCAGCACCCAAUCAACUGCAGAUAGAGAUGGAUACACGAUGAAUCAAAAAGCUAAUUUAGGCACUAAUGCAAAUUGCUGUUCAUGAAGCUGACAAAACUUGGCAUACUACGCUACUGUUGUAUGCUCUACAACUCACGCUUAGCAAUUUAGUCUCCUUGUUGAUUCCUCUGUGCUUAAAUGCCUGCUAACCAGAUGUUAGAGAUUUGAUUACUUCAUCCAAUAUUAUAC